AUGGGGUCUCUGCCUGCGGAGUCUCGACCCUUGUCGUUUGCAGCCUUAAAGGCCAAAAAGGCCCCUCUCAAGAUUGCCACCAAGGUUGUCACUGUUAAUUCAACCGCGAAGCCAGUCGCAAAGUCUUUACCCUCUGUCACCUCCUCCCCUUCCUCCUCCAAGCCUAAAGCCUCCCAGAAAACACUCAGCAAUGGGCAUUCCCGUACCGCGAGUGCGCCUCGGAAGUCAAGCACUCCAGUCUCCGUGCAUUCAAGGCAAGGCAGUGGCGAGCCGAUAGAACGGAUCAAGAAGGAAAGGCAAAAUAGGACGAAAAGAGCAUCCCCGGCUGUCUCGACGCCGAGAUUGACAAGCUCCGACGAUGAGAGCGAAGAGGACGACGACAAGCCUAGAAAGCGAAUGCGCCUCAAUCGCAAAGAGAGCAUCGAUGAAAAGCGCAAAGUUCGGGAUCUGAAAGCAUUCUCUCAAGAAGAGGGCAAUGGAUUCCAUAUGGUGCACGCAUACGACAUCGCGAACAGCACUCUCGUGGAACAUGGGCGAGACAAGUACGAGGCAUUCUUCACAGCCUUGGAAGGGGACGAGGACGAAUGCCCCAUGAUCGAACUUCAAUACCCAACAUCUCUGCAAAGCGAGAAAUACCAGUUGGUCAAGCCUACAGACACUUCUGACUUUAAACCCCUGGAUGAAAUCGAGGCGACUAUGAAAAUCGUCGCGGAAUACUAUCUCGAUAGCGAUUCCGCAGAAAAGGUCACCAGCGACGAUGGCUCCGGCCUCGUUCAACAGCUGCACCGGCAAGCCUUGCUUGGAAUGAGAGGACGCGUCGGAGCACAGUCGAAAUACAUCGACGUGGUGGAGAAAUUCAAUGCGCUGGUGGCCGACAAGCGCAAGGACGGAACGAUCGCAAAGAAGCUGGAUCAGAUGCGACGAGUCGAUCUCAGGUUGGUCGAGCAUAUCAUCAAAAACCAAAUCUACGCCCGGACGGUGUCGCCCCAAGUCAACCUGGUGAGACAUUACGAAAGCUUCUCCGACAAUGUCUACGGCGAGCUAUUACCCAAGUUUCUCAGCCGCAUAUUCAAAGAGACGAAUCUGAAGUCCGACCAGGUAUUUAUUGAUCUCGGAUCUGGUGUUGGUAACUGUGUCCUUCAAGCCGCGCUGGAGACCGGAGCCGAGUCGUGGGGCUGUGAAGUCAUGGACAAUCCCAACACUCUGGCCCAGCUGCAGGCCGACGAGUUCCCAGCUCGGUGCCGGCUCUGGGGAAUCAAACCGGGUGAAGUCCACCUCAUUCACGGCAACUUCCUGACCAACGAACAAGUUCGGCAAGUCCUGAAACGCGCAGACGUCGUCCUCGUCAAUAACCAAGCCUUCACGGCCGAGUUGAACGACAAGCUCAAGUACGUCUUCCUCGAUUUGAAAGAAGGAUGCCACAUCGUUAGCCUGAAACCCUUCCGGUCGCCCGCGCACAAGAUCAAGGAUUCAAACGUGAACGAUCCGGUCAAUGUGUUGACGGUCGUGGAGAAGGAGCGAUGGAGCUCCAUGGUCAGCUGGAGCGAUGAUCCGGGGAAGUGGUAUCACCACCGCAAGGAUUCCAGGGAGCUGAACGCGUUCGUCAAGAGCAUGGGUGGGUUCGAAAACUGUUAG